GCAUUGAUCAGAACAAGCUAUAAGCUUAGCUAGGGGUGAGUCCGGUGACCAGUCAAGCGCCAUUGGUCGCUUGGACAGAUCACAGAUCAAUGGAAGGCAUCAACGACGACAGCAACCGGGACAUCAUCACGGAGGCCGCGGCCAUGGCGUUCGCGGAUCCCCACCUGCAGAUCCCGGACAGGUACAUCUCCGCGCCGCCGCCGCCGGCGUCGGCGACGGCGAGAGCCUCGAGCUUGCCGGUGGUGGACAUGGCGAGGCUGCUCGACCCCGAGCACCGGGAGGCCGAGGUCGCUUUGCUUGGCUCUGCGUGUCGGAGCUGGGGCUUCUUCCAGCUCAUAAACCAUGGAGUUGAUGAAGCAGUGAUACAGAAAAUGAAAGAUAACACGGUUCAAUUCUUCGAGUUACCCCUGGAGGACAAGAACACGGUGGCUGUCCGUCCUGGCGGCAUAGAAGGAUUCGGCCAUCACUUCAGAUCAUCAGCUGGCAAAUUGGACUGGGCGGAGAACUUGAUCGUUGAAACGCAGCCAUUCCAGCAGAGAAAUCUCGAAUUUUGGCCUAGUAAACCACCCACAUUUAGGGAUUCAAUUGACAAGUACGCAAUGGAGAUGUGGAAUCUGACGACGCGACUGCUAAGGUUCAUGGCCAGCGACCUAGGAGUCGAGCAAGAAACGCUGCUUGCCGCCUUCCGUGGGAAGCGGCAGACCUUUGGCCUGCACCGCUACCCUCCCUGCCGCCACCCGGAGAAGGUGAUCGGCAUCUCGCCGCACUCCGACGGCUUCGGGCUAACUCUGCUGCUCCAAGUCAAUGACACGCUGGGCCUGCAAGUCAGCAAGGAUGGCCGAUGGCACCCUGUGCGGCCGCUGCCGGGUGCCUUCAUAGUCAACGUCGGCGAGAUACUCGAGGUUCUCACCAAUGGCCGCUAUAAAAGCGUGUUCCACAGGGUGGCCGUUGACGCCGAGAGAGGCCGGGUUACAGUCGUGGUGUUUCAGGACGCUUGCAUCAAUGGAUUGGUUAAGCCACUACCAGAACUCGGCGAGACACCACGAUAUCAUGCCAUCGGCAAGUCGGAGUAUUUCAAGGGCCAUACAGCAGAAGUACUUGGCCAAGGGGAAAGGUUCAUCGACACUCUUAAGAAGUGAUCUGACAUAUAUAUCAUCUAGCAGUGAUCUGGUUUGCACGGUGAAUAAUUCCUUUUAAAAAAGUGACGGUGAAUAAUUUCCUUUAAUGUUAUUCCGUAGUAUUUGUGUACCACAAUAUCUAGCGAAUUUUUUUUACCAGCUUGCUUGUUCUUAUUAUUUAUGGAGUAUCAAUGAAAGGGACCGAUCGAGAACAAAUCUCCUCGGUUAUCAAGCUUUAUGUCUUACACUGUCAUAUCAAUGAUAGGGCCUUCACUUAGUGAAAGACGAUUCUAUCGGUGAUAGAUGAAGGCUGAUUUAACCAAUGUAGUUUGGGUUAAAUA